AUGGAGAAAAUGGUCAAAGAAUCAACAGUUGACACUGCCAGCGCGGUUGAUGACCAUGCAGUGGGCACCAGUACGACCAUAUAUAUCGAUCCUGCAAGAGAAGCAGCAGUGCGCAGGAAGUUCGACAUAUAUGUGGUCCCAAUCUCUGUCAUCUAUCUCGUCAUGUCCACUCUCGACCGCAAUAAUCUCGGAAAUGCUCGUGUUUUUGGCUUCGACGAGGACGUUGGACUCAAAGGAGGCGAGUUCGGCAACAUCCAAACGCUAUCCAGCGUCUGUACCGUCCUCUUUGAGGUUCCAUGGGUCUUGGCCACACGCAGAUGGGGCGCCAAAAGAGCGAUCGGUACUGCGUUCGUGUUGUGGAGUAUCUGUACAGUUGGGACUGCCUUCGUCCAAACUUAUGGCCAAACAAUUGCCUGUCGGAUGUUGCUCAAUGCCGCUGAAGCGGGUCUGGCUCAAGCGUUCGCCUUCUUGUUCUCGACCAUCUAUCCGCGUGAACUAGCAGGCAAGAGGAUCAUGACGACCAAUCUCGCGCAGUGCAUCUCCGGCGCCUUUGGAGGGCUUUUCGCCUAUGCUGUGCAGACCAUGGGAACACGCCUCGGCCUCGCUGCAUGGAGAUGGCUCUUCAUUAUUGAAUUCUGUAUUACGGUGGUGAUCUGUGGCGUUGGCCUAUUCUUUCUGCCUGGCGAGGUGGAGAAAGCAUGGUUUCUUAACGAGGAAGAGAAAGAGACGAUGCGACGCAAGAAGGAACGAGACUAUAUGAUCCGAGGCGAGGAGAAAUUCGAGCGCAAGUGGAUCAAAAUCGCCCUGACUGACCCCUUUGUCUACCUUCUGGGGAUUGCUUUCUUCACUUCGUCUAUUGCAAUCAACGGAUUUGGAGUGUUUCUCCCAACCAUCAUUUCCGGCCUUGGCUUUGCCUCCCUGAAGGUCAACUAUAUGACCAUCCCAGUAUAUGUCCUCGGCGCCAUCUCCCUCACAAUCCAGGUCUGGUACUCAGACAAGAUCAGGAAGCGUGGCGUCUUCAUCGUUGGAUGCUGCAUCCCUGUUGCUGUUGGGUAUCUGAUGUGUGUGGGGUCAAAGAAUCCCGAUGUGGGUUAUGCCGGCAUGUUUGUGCUGGUAAUAGGGCUGUAUCCGAUUUCGACUCUGGCUGUAACGUGGAUCACGACGAACCUGGCGCCUGACACAAAGCGAGCAAUAGGCCAGCCCUUUGCCUACAGUCUGGCCAAUGUGUCCAACCUGGUCUCUGGACAGCUUUACCCUUCUCAACAGGGGCCACGCUACGUCCCAGGCAAUGCAAUCUCGGCCGGUCUCACAAUCGUCGCAGGAUUUCUUUACGCUUCAUGCUGGUUUCUGCUUCAGCGACGAAAUGCACAGAAGGCAAAGCUGAUUGCUGAAGGAGCAACCACCAACGGUAAAGAAGGAGAUCAGAGCCUCGACUUUACAUAUAUUCUUUGA